AUGUCCAUGGUCUCCCCAGUAGCAGAAGCAGGGAAACUUGGCUACGGCGGCGCUGGUUACGGAGGCAUAGGAUACGGUGGCCUAGGAUACGGUGGCCUCGGCUACGGAGGUCUCGGCUACGGAGGUCUCGGCUACGGAGGUCUUGGUUAUGGCGGCCUAGGGGGCGGUCUAGGUGGUGGCCUCGGUGGUGGCUUGGGCGGUGUCGGCGGUGGUGUAGGCGGCGGUGUAGGUGGUGUAGGCGUCGGCAGCAGUGUUGCUCUUCUUAGUGGCGGGCCUGCCUUUGCCAAGGCCGUGGCCGGACCAGCGUUCGUGGUGAGGACGGUUCACCACGUCAACAAAGUCAGCGGUGGAGGAGCUCUUGUUGCCCACUCUGGCCUCGGAAGCGGAUACGGAGGCUACGGAGGCUAUGGAGGAUACGGAGGUGAGGUUACGGAGGUGGCUAUGGUGGAUAUGGUGGCGGCUAUGGUGGCUACAAAGGUGGUUACAAAGGCUAAUUAUUGA